GUGCUUCGUGCCGCACCGCACCACCGGCGCUGCGGCCCUCCGCGUGCGGCAGGCGCCCGUGACAGCGGCGCCGCUGGACUCACGACCCCGGCUCCGGGCCGCUACCGACCUCGGUGGCGAAGCCGCGUCGCCUCUCAGGAUGGGCGGAGAGGCGGGGUCCAGGACAGCCGUGGGGUGCGAGGGCCGCGUGAAGAGCCUGGGGCUGGUGUUCGAGGACGAGCGCAAGGGCUGCUACUCCAGCGGCGAGACGGUGGCCGGGCACGUGCUGCUGGAGGCCUGUGAGCCGGUGGCCCUGCGCGCGCUGCGCCUGGAGGCCCAAGGCCGGGCCACUGCCGCCGCCUCGCAGGUGGAGUACCUGAACGUGCGCCUGAGCCUGCGCGAGCCCGCGGCCGGUGAAGGAGUCGUUUUAUUGCAACCUGGAAAACAUGAAUUUCCAUUUCGCUUCCAACUUCCUUCUGAACCUUUGGUGACCUCCUUUACAGGGAAAUACGGAAGGAUUCAGUACUGUGUGAGGGCAGUUUUAGAACGCCCCAGGGUCCCUGACCAGAGUGUUAAACGGGAGCUCCAGGUUGUCAGUCACAUCGAUGUCAACACACCUGCAUUACUGACCCCUGUAUUGAAAACUCAAGAAAAAAUGGUUGGCUGUUGGUUUUUCACUUCUGGACCAGUCUCGCUGAGUGCCAAAAUUGAAAGAAAGGGAUACUGUAACGGAGAAGCUAUUCCUAUUUAUGCAGAAAUAGAAAAUUGUUCCUCUCGGCUGAUCGUCCCCAAAGCGGCGAUUUUCCAAACCCAGACGUACUUGGCAAGUGGAAAAACAAAGACCUUCCGGCACAUGGUCGCUAACGUGCGAGGGAACCACAUCGCUUCGGGGAGCACUGACGUGUGGAAUGGGAAGACUUUAAAAAUCCCGCCCGUCACUCCUUCCAUCCUGGACUGCUGCAUUAUCAGAGUAGACUAUUCCUUAGCGGUGUACAUUCACAUUCCUGGUGCUAAAAGACUGAUGCUCGAGCUGCCCUUGGUCAUUGGCACCAUUCCAUACCAUGGCUUUGGCAGCAGAAACUCCAGCAUUGCCAGCCAGUUCAGCAUGGACAUGAGCUGGCUGACGCUGACCUUGCCAGAGCAGCCUGAAGCACCACCAAAUUACGCCGAUGUGGUGUCAGAGGAAGAAUUCUCUAGACACGUUCCUCCUUACCCUCAGCCCCCAGACUGUGAGGGAGAAACGUGCUACCCGAUGUUCGCCUGCAUACAAGAGUUCCGGUUUCAGCCUCCCCCUCUUUACUCAGAGGUUGACCCACAUCCUACUGAUGUAGAGGAUACCCAGCCUGUUUCCUUCAUUCUCUGAAUGAAUGUAUUUCAGAAAUCACUGUGUGCAUCAUCAAAUUGGAAUGCUGGUUCUUUCCCCCCUGCCUUUUUGGGGGAGAGUGCAGAACGAUUAAGUUAAGACAUCCAUGAACAUCAAGACUGGCGAUAACAAAGUUUAAAGAUAACUAAAACUUUCUAUUGGGCCAAGACAAUGGUUGCGCAGGAUUCUAUGCUGGCCUCUGCUGCCUUUGAGAAUGGGACGGCGCUGUGAGUGGUGAAGGGGAAGCGGAAGUGCUGGUGGAGGCAGAGGAAGUGAGGGAGGCCUGCUGCUCGGAGAGGAGGGAUUCCGUGGAGUGGAAACCAGAGCAAGGAAGCCUCUCAGAAGGCUUUGCAAAGAGAAGCAAAUGUGUGCUGAACUCACGGCAAUGUGAAUUUGCUUGGCAGACUUGGUUCUGAGAGUGUAGGCUCAUAGGCCUGUGCACGAAAGUGGCCUACUCUAAAUUCUCAGUGAGAUCUUCAGGGUCCGGGGUCUUCGUGACUCCCUGUCUUAUGGUCGUAUCAAAGAUCAAGGGUCUGGCAAGUCCCCUGUCUUAAGAUCUUGGUCACAUAAAAUCCUAAACGGGGAAUAGUUUCCACUCUUUGCAUAAUAGGUUAAAAUAUACUUUCAAAAUUGGCUCUGCAGUGUUAGGAAACCUGCAAAAGCUUUCUUGUAAAGCUUGCCACUUCAAAUGGGAAAGAUAAAUUUUAACACGAAAAUGUGUUCUGUUGAAAGCUAUACUUUUUGCCACUUCUAAGUACUUAAGCGGGGUGUAUGUUUGGCUGUCCUCAUGUCUUAACUACCUAAGGGCACAGCAGAAAAAGGAAGAGGGAAGAAAUGGUUAUAUCUUUAGGGUGCCUUGAUAACCACACAGUCACAAAAAGGCAUUAUCUUAACCUACCUCUUACGGGGUUAUCAGAUAGCUUUUUCAAAACUCUAGACCUGGUGAACCCUAUUUAGAUUUUCUGCUAUUUAUAGCAGCAGUCUUAUUAUCAGUUAAUCUGAAAUUAAACCAAGGGAAAAAUCUGUAAGGUUGGCAUUAAAUGGAAAUAGAUGUAUGCCUAAAGGCAUUUCAAAAUACAUGUAUACGCAGAAGGUAGAAAUGCUACUUAAAAAAAAAAGGCAUAAAUUUGCUUUCCUGUCAAGAAGCUUAAGCAGACUGAUGGCAGUCAGUCCAUAAUACAUAGUUAUCCCAAUUCUUUAUUAAUUAUAUUUAAACUGUGAUUUUAUUGUUUUGGUGCAAUAUUUUGUUGUCAUUUUAACCUCAGGAUAUUCAGACCAACAGGAUUGUGUUGCUGCUCGAAGUUUCAGCAGUGUUUGUACUGUCCCCUGUCCUCUGUUCAUCGUCACAUGCUCAUUGGCUUUUCUGUUAAUCCGUUAGUGUCGUGAGCUGCAAACAUUUCCGGAUACUAAGGGAAAAGGAGAUAAGGCUUCCCAUCCUAGAAAUUUUGGACCAGCUGAUUCAUAAGGGUUUGAUACAGAAACCCUGGUGCUUCCCAGGCAGAUACUGUGAGUCAGUGUGUUCACUUAGAAAUAGAAAAAUUCUUACACAGUUAAAUUUUGUAUUUAAAAAUCAGUUGGCCAUUUCAUCAGGGGUUGUUUUCUACAAGCAUUAGGUGCAUGUGCGCUUUUCAAUCCCUGGAUGUACUUAUCUCUGUAACAGUGAAACAUCAGAUACAAGGCUUUCAUUAUAAGCCACCAUUUAAAAUCACAGUGUAUAGUGGCUAUCCCAGUAAUUGUGUACAUUCAUCACAAAAUGUAUUCCUUGCUUUUGUUUUUAAAGGUCUUUUACUUGUUUUGUCUGUUUGGGUUUUUUUUUUUUUUUCUUCUGUAUGUCUUUUACUACAUGUGUGUAUUUAAAUUCUGUCCAGACAGCUCAUCUUCAGCUAUUUCCUGACCUCAAAGCUACAGUUUUCAUGCCAUGUAAAGACAUCAUCCAUGUCCAUGAAACCAAAACAAAGGGGGGGGGGACUAAACAGUAUGGACAGAGAAAGUUUUAAUUAUUUGCUUCAUGUAGAAAAGAAACCACUUAAAGGAAUCCUUCAGUAGGAUUACUUUAUUGGAGAAAUUAAGAAACUUGCCCAGCAGAACUGACAUUUAAGGGAAUAGAUCAAAGGUAUCACUCGAUAUGCAUAGGCCUGACCUUAUCAAUAGGUUGAAGCUGAGUACCUUUUUAUACUCUAGGUAACAUUUUAUGAAUUUGGAGAACUGCAUUGGCACACAGAAAGUAUGUGAAUGAGAAAAAAAAAUUAGCUGCUAUUGUUUUCCUGUUUAUUCUCCUCCUGCUCAUGUUUAGUUUGGGGAAAAAAAGUGGCCUUAGAAUUUUCCUUUAGAUGCAAAAAGUUUGAAAUUGACAAUGUGCGUAGUUUGGCACACAAACUCUUCAUUCCCUGGGUAAAAUUUUACUUUUGGUGUUUUCAUUUUGCACAAUGAGAAACUCAGUAGGCAGGGAAUAUGUUUUUGAUAAGUUAACUCUGAGAGCUCUUUUUAUUUUUGUUAAAAAUGUAACAGUUUAACCCACAAGAAAAAAGAUUGUAUUUUGUACUCUUGUUUGAACCCUGUGGGUUCCUUUUGUUAAUAAAAUGAUUCCACUAA